UCGAGCGCUCGUGCUGUGUGUGUGUUGUGUUGUGCAUUUGAAUUUGGAAUACUCUAAUGUAAGUUGAAUUUGCCGAAUUUUCGGGAUAUCGGAUAGCAACCGUGCAAGUAUCACAGGACCUAGAGAAUAAUACUCGUAGAUAAACAGAAGAUUGCGAUCCGGAUUAUAAGAUGAUCGUUCUGAAGGCAGCAUAGCAGUGGAUGGAAAUAUGAUCAGUUGAUGAUCACACAAGGAUGGCGUUGUUGAUUGGAGUUAUAGGAGCAUUGGCACUUAUCAGCCGUACUGGUUGCACGGACAAUACCAAUGGCCUGGGCCCGGACGGGGUGCAGGAGAUAGAGUACACGGACGUGGACCUCGGACUGACGCAGCGCGGCCCGCACUUCGACAUCGCGUACUCCCGCAAUGUUACAGCGCUAGUGGGCAAGACGGCGCAGCUGAACUGCCGAGUGCACGACUUGGGGAAUAGAACGGUAUCAUGGAUCAGACAUCGGGACAUUCACCUGCUGACGUCUGGGCGGAUGACGUAUACGUCAGACCAGAGGUUCAUCAGUGUCCACAACCCGCAUACGGAAGAUUGGAUAUUGAAGAUAAGGUUCCCGCAGCGGCGCGACUCGGGCAUCUACGAGUGCCAAGUCGGGACCACGCCGCCCAUCGGACACAGGAUGUACCUCUCCGUUGUCGAACCCCUCACCACCAUCCUGGGUGGUCCGGAGCUGUUCAUCAACAUGGGCAGCACCAUCAACCUGACGUGCGUGGUGCAGCACUCGCCGGAGCCGCCGCCCGCUAUACACUGGACGCACAACGACAAGGAGAUAAACUACGACUCCCCCCGCGGUGGGGUCUCCGUGAUCACGGAGAAGGGGGAGAUGACGACGUCUCACCUGCUGGUGCAGAAGGCGCGCGCGCCCGACUCCGGCCGGUACACCUGCGCGCCCGCUAACGCCAACCCCAGAUCCGUGCUGGUGCAUGUGUUGAGCGGCGAGCACCCCGCGGCGAUGCAGCACGGCGGGCAGCUGCGCUUACAGUACCCGCUAUCCGCUGCGCUCCUCAGCGUAAUAGUCACCCUUAUGGGCUGCUAGUAACACUAUGAGUGGUAUGCCAGUUACAAACGUUUCUUAUUGUUUUCAUGGAAUUACGUAAGACUCUGCAAAGUACCAUCGAGGAAAUUGA